AGAAACUCAUUAUUAGCCGAUACAUUUCUUUGCCACAUUUUAUAGUCAGGGAAUUCGGUGAAAGGCUCGAAGAUGCCGCGCGUUAAGCCCACCAAGAAGCUCGAUGUGCUGGGCAACUUGGACCUGCGGCCCGAGGAUGCAGUCGGGGAUUACCUCAACUCCAAGAUGCAGGACAAGUUCUUCGUCAAACCGCCCAACUCCGACUCUGCUGGGGACUCCAUUGAGCUGUUGUUCAUCCAGAAUCAUCGGGAGCAUGAUGCCAUGACCAAGCUGCAGACGGAGAUGCUGGCCAGUGCCAAGCGGCAGACGGAGCUGAACUCUUCCCGCGUGCGCAAGAUGUACAAGAUCCAGGAGAGGCUCAGGAAGCGCUUCAUCGAGGUGAACAGCUUCAUCAAGGACUGCGCGGACAAGAAGCGGGCGGCGGACAAGACCAUCAACGACGAGAUUGUCCUUCACGGCGAACUCAGCGAGGGCAUACAGAGCUUCAAGGGCUCGAUAGACGAGCUGAAGGCAUUCCGUGCAGCGCUCAAGGCCACCGUCCAGGAGUUCCAGCCGUACGAGCAGGUUCUGGACGAGGUGGUCCAGGUCUCCGACAUAUUCGUCUCGCCCAAGGACUGCAUGGAUCGCUGCGAUGCGCUGAUGCUGGCACAGGUGGAAAUCAGCCAGCUGGAGCAGCAGAAGCUCCAGGAGAUCGAGGCAAUGCGCAAGCGCAUGGUGAAGGUGACGAACGAGGCUGCCCUCACGGUGCUGGGCCUCAAGAACGAUCUGGCCAAGCUGGAGCGCUCGUACAACCAGUCGCGCAGCUUGUGCCUGAAGUGGGAGAGCAUCCUGGCCACCACCAAGGACACCAUAACCAACAGCUACAUGGACAAGGAGCGGAGUCUCGAUGGGGUGAACGUGCUCUACCGCACACUCUGCCGCCGUCGUGAUAUCCAGCCCUAUGCAUCGCGUAAUGACGUUGAGAAACAAAUGGAUUUCAUCAAGUCCGAGGUGGAGAUAUUGCUGGGCAUCUUGCAAGCAGCCCAAGGCGAUGGCAGGUCCGAUGGCAAUGCCACGGGAGAUUUCGCCCUGUGCUAGUUGGCUCAUCAUUAAAUGUUCUUUCGUUGCGAAUAAAUUGUAAAGAGUACUAGCAAAAG